AUGCCCGUCAGUCGAACGAAUCCGCCUACAGGCCAGCCAGUGCCACCUUCCUCUGUGUCCAUCGGCAAAAAACCGAUGAACUACCAGGCUCCCCAGCCCCAGACCACAACGCCCCAGCAGCAGCCAAAGAGCGCACGCGCCGCUUCAAAGGCUCCCGUAUACAGCCAGCAGCAGCAGCAGCAACCCCAGAAUCGCCAUCCAUCGCCCCCGACAUCCAACUCUGGCUCAGUCAACAAAUCCAGGUCAGCAUCCGGCGCCGCGGGCAGUCAGAACUCUACAACCUCGGGUCCGACAGCUGCGCAGAAGGGCAAAGCCAAUGCAAAUAAGAUAUGGAGCACUUCCACCACCGAAGAGCGCGAGCGUAUCAAGGACUUUUGGCUCGGUCUCGGCGAGCAGGAGCGCCGCAACCUCGUCAAGAUCGAAAAGGACACUGUGCUCAAGAAAAUGAAAGAACAGCAGAAACACAGCUGCUCUUGUGCCGUUUGUGGCAGGAAGCGAAAUGCGAUAGAGGAAGAGCUCGAGGUACUGUACGAUGCUUAUUACGAAGAGCUAGAACAGUACGCAAAUUACCAGCAGCGCUACGUUUCUUCUGGUUGCACUAUACCGCCGCCCCCUGGACCUGGGCCCUUUCCCGGAAGCGUGGAGCUGGACAAAAACGGCGCAGUUGUGGCACAUGCCCCUGUCAAUUCGAAGCGCUCGCGAGCCAUAAAGCAACAACAACAGCAGCAACAGCAACAGCAACAACGAGGACCGACGCCCCAAACUGUACCGCCGUUAACGAAUGGUCGCAAACAACAUCUCCCACCUCAACACCAUCCACCACCUGACAAAGAAAGUGAGUUUGACGACGAGGUAGAAGAAGAAGAUUUCGAGGGUGAAGAAUACGAAGAGGAUGACGAAGAACCAGAAGAAGAGGAGGAAGAAGAGGAAGAAGAAGAGGAGGAGGAAGAGGAGGAGGAGGAAAUCCCACAACAACGUCGUACGGCUGAUGGUCGUGUGCAGAAAGACCAGGUGGCGCCUGCAGCCCGACGAGUACCCCCACAGACACCUACAGGUGGGCGUCGGAAUGCUCCUGCAAAGGGACGGGACGGACUGUUUAAUAUUGGGAACAGUCUAACCGUUGCCGGCCCAGGCGGCAUCCUCACCGUCGCCGACGAUCUGCUCAAAAAUGACGGUCAAAAGUUCUUGGAGAUGAUGGAACAACUCGCUGAGCGCCGGAUGCAGCGCGAAGACGAAACGGUUGCAGGUAUCGAGGAUGAGAGCGAGGAGGACAGCGAUGAGGAGCGGGACGGAAGCGAGGCCGACGAGGAUGGCGAGGAUGACGGAGGUGCGAGCGACGAGGAUGACGAGGACGAUGACGAAGAGGAUGAAGAGGAGAUCAUGACGGAGGAGCAGAAGAUGGAAGAGGGAAAGCGGAUGUUUUCUAUUUUCGCUGCACGGAUGUUCGAGCAACGGGUUCUGCAGGCCUACCGGGAAAAGGUUGCCCAGGAACGUCAGUUGCAGCUCUUGCGCGAGCUCGAUGAGGAGGACAAGAGCACCCGCGAUCGUGAGAUCAAGAAGCAGACCCAGAACCAAAAGAAGAAGGAUAAGAAGAGGCAACAGAAACAGGCCAAGGAGGAAGAGAAGGCUGCUAAAUCUGCCGAGAAGGCUGCAGAGGAGGCAGCCGCGAAAGCGAGACAGAUUGCUCAAGAGGAAGAAAACCGAAAGAAACGUGAAGAGGAGCGACAGAGACGCGAGGCAGCCAAGCGAGCUGCGGAAGAGGAGAGAUUGCGCAAAGAGGAAGAGAAGAAAAAGAGACAACAGGAGGAGCGCGAGCGUGAACUGGAGAGGGAAAAGAAAAAGAAGGAGAAGGAGGAGAAAUUGAAGAAAGAGAGGGAAGAAAAGGAGCGCAAGGCCAGAGAAGAACGUGAGGCGAGGCUUGCCAAAGAGCGCGAAGAAAAGGCGGAACGCGAGCGCAUCGAGAAGGAGAAACGAGAGGAGCGGGAGAGAAUUGAGAAGGAGAAGAGACUGGCCAAGGAGAAGGAGGAGAAGGCGGAGAGAGAGGCAAAGGAGAAACUCGCUGCUGAAAAGCGUGCUGCUGCCAUUGCCCAAGCCCAGGCAGCCGCCGCCGCCAAACCUCCUCCUCCAGCGCGCCCAACGCCCACCGCGUCCGCCUCCACCUCGGCUCUGCCUGUGACCUCCAAGGUCAACGUCAAUGCGACCCCAGUGGCCAACCCGUCUGCGCCCCGUUCGCCCAGCUCGAUCGUCAACACCAAUGGCGUCGCUGCAAAGAAGGUCGUCAACAACAAGCAUAUUCCUCCUCCUGUGUCCGCACCGGCCGCCCCUGGCGUCGGGCAGAUCAAUCGUCCUCACCAUGCCCCCCAACCGCUGCAGCAGCCUCCUCCUCAGAUGCAGCAGCAGCCCAAUCUCGCUCGUCCUCAUCACCCUCUGACGCCUAUCAAUGCUCAGCACCUUCCUCCUCACCUUCCUCCUCCGCCACAGAAUUCGAUGAUGUUUGGCCAUCCCCAGGGACCCGUCAUGAUCCCUCCUGCUCUGUCUCCGAGCGUUGGAGGGUUCCCACCUAUGCAAUAUCCAUUUGGUGCCCCACCCAAUAUGCCACGCCAUCCUCCUGGUACGCCUUUGGCUCCUCAAAGGAACUUCAAUGGCCCUCCCUUCGAUGCAAACUUCCAUCGUGGCAUGCCAAUGGGUAUUCCUAUUAACAACAUCCCUCCCGCUGCGCCUGCUCCUAUCGGUCCUCCCAAGGGCAAGAUACCUGCUGCUUCGACUUCUGUUCCGAAUACCUCGAUGCUUGCGCCUGGUCAAGGUCGUCGUUCAUCGAUCCCUCUCCUCAGCACUCAGUCAGACUCCCCCGUCCCUGGGCCCAUCACGCGUCCGAACAUCGCGCCCAUCGCUCGUCCAAUUGUGGCAGCUGUAGGAGAAACUGCAAGCUCUGGGUCAGGUUCGCCCAUUCGCAGGUCUCCUAGCCCCAAAGGUGUCCUUGGAUCGUCGGCGCUGGCUGCAGAUGACGAUGAAGUUGUGUCUACGCCUGGUCCACGCAGAGUCGGUGCCACUCCUAUCGGUAUCGGUAUCGGCAUCUCCGGGCCGUCUCCGGGCGGUAGCCACUCCUGGGGUCCUGUCGGUGCCCCUACCGCUGCGAGCCCCCGCGCACCCAUCGCACCAUGGGGCGUCGGCUUCACAUCGCCUUCGGCCAGCCGCGCUAUCCCGGCGCCCAUUGGAUCCAACAACCAUCUGCACCAGAUCCACCCUGGGGUUCCGCCGCCAAUUGGAAACGGGUCGUUGUGGGGAAACGCGGCAACGCCGACGAGCAACGGAGAUAGCUGGCAUCCUCAGGCCCCUGGCGCGAACGGUUUCUUCCCGCCUACGCCAGGGUUCAUGAAUCACAAUGCAGCUGCUUCGUCUGCCCCUCAUGCGGGAGCUUGA